UUCAGUGUCCGUGGACACUUGCAAUUCGCGUUUUCAGUCUUUACUUGCUGUAUUUUAGUACUCUCCACUCGUCGAAAACACACGAUAAGAGACCAAGCAAAACUAAUAGCUGUAUUCCUGCAAAGGUGAAUGAUGGAAUUUUUUUCGUCAGCGUUGUAAAAUAACUCCAACAGUGUACACCGCCUACCAGAAUCAAAAUUGAAUAAAAAUGGCGUUUGCGGGGUUGAAAAAACAAAUCAACAAAUGCAAUCAAUACAUGACAGAAAAAAUCGGAGGAGUGGAAGGAACGAAAUUGGAUCUAGAUUUCAUGGACAUGGAAAGGAAAACGGAUGUAACCUACGAAUUGGUCGAAGAGCUUCAAGUGAAGACCAAGGAAUUUUUACAGCCAAAUCCAACAGCGCGUGCUAAAAUGGCUGCCGUCAAGGGUAUAAGCAAACUAAGCGGUCAAGCAAAAUCUAACACCUACCCUCAACCCGACGGAGUCCUUGGCGACUGCAUGUUGAUGUACGGUAGGAAAUUGGGGGAUGACAGCAUGUUCGGAACCGCUCUGGUUGAAAUGGGAGAGGCUCUCAAACAAAUGGCUGAUGUCAAAUAUUCCCUUGACGAUAAUAUUAAGCAGAACUUUUUAGAACCGCUACAUCACUUACAAACCAAAGAUUUGAAAGAAGUGAUGCAUCAUCGAAAAAAGUUGCAAGGUCGAAGAUUGGAUUUCGACUGCAAACGUAGGCGGCAAGCCAAAGGUUCAAAUAUUACAGAGGAGGAAAUUAAGGCUGCAGAAGACAAAUUUGCCGAAUCGCUGCAUCUGGCCCAGAUGGGGAUGUUUAAUUUACUGGAAAAUGACGUGGAACAAAUUUCGCAGUUAGCGACGUUUGCCGAGGGUCUUUUGGAAUACCACAAUCAGUGCACUGAAAUUCUUAAAGGUAUCACUGAAACAUUGCAAGAAAAGAAAGAGGAAGCAAUGAAUCGUCCGAAAGUCGAAUUUGUACCUAAAACUCUAUCAGAUUUAAAUAUAGAAGGAGUAUCAGUUGCGGACGGAUACAACGGUACCAAUUCCAAUUAUUUUAAUACGUUUAAUACUCAGAGCGGUAACAAUAAUUCAAACCUACCUAGUAGCAGAGGAUCAUUUAAAGGAUCAGCACUCGCACCUAAGUUAAUACCAAUGAAACAAGCACCCAUCCCCGAUCCUUAUGACCCUUGGAGCUUUCUCGAAGGCUCGUCACAAGUGUCUUCUCCUCAGCACAAGCCUCAGCAACUCGAGUUGCUUCCAGGACAACAAUCGGCUAAUGCGUCGCCAUUACCGUCUCCAAUGAAAUCGCCGGCGAGGACGCCAAUGAACCGACAGCCAUGUUGUACGGCGCUGUACGAUUUUGAAGCUGAAAACCCCGGAGAACUCAGCUUCAAGGAAAAUGAGGUCAUCACUUUACUGAAUAAAAUAGACGAGAAUUGGUUCGAAGGCAGCGUGAACGGUCGUACCGGUUAUUUUCCUGUAAACUACGUUAAAGUUGAGGUACCGCUUCCGUAAACAACGGGGUAGAAAGAACAAAAUAAAGUCUAUCCAUCACGUUAACGUUAACUAGUAAACAGUAUUUUAUUUAUACAAAGUCUAUUGGAAUUCUUGUACUGACAUUCCGUUAUAUUAUCUUGCCAUAUCCAUUUGUUUUUGUAUUCGACUGCACGGUGCUGAGGGUAUCAGGUGGCACCCGAAAAGGGAAUUGCUCAAGUCUUGUGUGGUUCCGUAAUUUCAGGGAAAAAUAUAAAAAUGUUCCCGUUUUCAAUCGAAAUUUUAACUACUAACAUUUUUGUGAUUUACUUUUUUUUGAGUUGUAAUUGAAAGUUCUACAGUUUGUGACUUAAAAACGACGUCAUUUUCGCGACCCUCUGCUACCCUGGGUUAAAAAAAUAUUAUAAAUGUAAAUAAUAAAAAAAUUGAAAAUUGUUCGCCGUUUAGUUACCGGGAAUACCUCGUUCUAGGAAAAUUGUUAAAAGUGUACCAUUGUUUUUUAAAUAAUAAUUUUUAUAAAAUUGUUGAAAAAAAAGCAAUACUCAAAACCAACAAACCCUAUAAGAGAGGUAGACUGCGUGUGCCUAUAAACUUGAGAAACCCUCUUAGAUGAUGAUUAGUGUACAAAAUACUCCGUUGUAUAUGGGAAAUGCUUCAUCAAAUAAUCGUUGUGAUCUAGGCCAUAUUAAUUUUAAUUGUAAUGUGUUGAUUUUUUUCCUUUUUACUUGUACAUGUGUAUAUUUAUAUUUAUACGAUUAGGGUUUCCUUCAAAGUUGCUAAGGAAACUUUGUUAAACAUAGAAAAGGGACUGUGCAGUUGAACAUUUCGGUUUUAAUUUCCAUUCAGGGCGCAUGCGUUUAAUUGUAAUUUUUGUAUCGAAGGUGGCGUAAGAGUGUAAGUGUGGGGUAUUCGUUAAAUCUGUUUUCUUUAUGCAUGUCCGGUGAUUUUGAUUCGAGAUUGGUUUCAUUUCGCGCCCUUCAAUGAUAAGAAAAUAUAAAUAACUCAUUAUCUGUUGGUUGUAUAUAAUUUAACAAAAUUGGAUUAGUUGUUUCAUACUGAUAUGUUGUUUGUAAUUUAGUGCAGAUAUAUUUGAGGUUGAAUACAAAUUUUAAAGAGAAACUAACCAAAAAACGAGCUAUAAUAAAUAAUAUAUAUAUGUAUGUAUGAUUCAGAUAAUGUCCGGUUGUGUAUUUGAUUUGGGAUACGUUCUGUCAGAUGCUGUCCAGUUACGAAAUGUUAUAUAUGUUCUUAUGCAUUUCUUGAUAUCAAAAUAUUUUUAAAAAAUAUAUUUAUAAAUGAUCGAACAUUUACACAACCUAUUUAAACAAAUGUUAAUGCAUAAUAUGGGUAUUCAGUGUUUGUAAAAAGAUCCAAAAAUUAAAAAAAAAAAACUUUUGUUGCUGUUUUUCGGCAUAGGUAUAGAUUUUGAUCAAACCUUUGUGCAAAUAAUGUUUUGAUCGAAACGUUAUUGCAUAUAAUUUUAAAAGCGUCAUUUUAUCCUACUAGAUGUUUAUAUUGAGUAAAUUAUACCAGAUUAAAUAUAAAUGUGGUUGUAAACCCAAAAUAAUAUCGAUGGGCUUGCGAAGCGGCUUUAUCUAGCACUUCACGUCCCUUUCGAUAUUAUAAAUUAGCGUACCGAGUUUUACGUAAAUAUGCGUAUUUGAACGGCCUACAAAAUUAUUUAAAAGCUUUUGAUGACCGCAAAAAAUUAUUUCGUCUACCAACAGUUUACGCGCAAAACUCGGUAUGCUAAUAUUUCGUAAAUGUAUACAGUGAUUCGCCUGUAUCUUGACCCACGCCGCUAGUCGAAAACAACAAUGAAUCGAAAGAAUGGUUCUCAUCUCAGAUAACUAGGCGAAUCAGCUUUCUAAAUGCUGAAUCUGGUUUUAUGACAAUACAUUAGAUAUAAAUUUUAACGAUCUUGAUAAAAUGUACUAAAAGUCCUAAAAGAAA